UUAGGCAUCAACCCUAUGCACUUCAGUUCGACGGUUAUUGGACAGAUCUCCAUAUGAUCUGACAGUGUCUCCAUACUGCUCCUUCUUUACUGUCGUUGGUUAGUGACAGGCUCAGGGCUAAUGAACACGUCAAACAAUGUUCUCGAAGAGGACCAAUCAAGGAAUCACAUCAGAAAAGAGCCCUUUUGAUCCGGCUGCCAAUGAGUGUGUGAAGACUUCGUGAACCGCACUCAAUAGAUGCUGCAGCAGGUCGGGUUCAGGUUGGUUCGGUAUGCAGCGGGUGAGGUUCAGGUCCUCCCGAGGAGACAGCCGUCUUCAGGUGCCCCUCGUCUCAUCGUCUCACGGUGCAGCGCAUUGUUCCCCGGCUCAAUAGGAGGAGGAAAUGCUGAGGCUGUUCUAUCCAGCUCUAUGAGUUCAGUGUGACGUCCUGUGAUCAUCUGCAUAUGCGCUUCACCUGACUCCACCCCACAGAUGAGUGCUGGUAUAUACAGCCAGCUGAGCCCAGCAGUCCAACAGCCAGCAAUCUUUUAGUAGCCUAAGCCAGCGUGAACACACCUCUCAGGGCCAGACUGCAGACGCAAACCUUCAGCAACACAACUCAAGUGGAUCCCACCAUGGCCUUGUCGGUGCGUAGCUUCUCCCUCCGCCAGCCCUCCUUCUCCAGCCUCUCGGUGAGGGACAGCGGGCACAGCGGGCGCAGCGGGCGGGCCAAGCCGCCGCUGCACACCACCAUGUCCUCGCUGGGCAUCACCAGCAGCGGCCUGGCCCGCUCCGUCUCCCUGGGCAACGGCCUCAACGCGCUGGGUCCCAGCUUCUCCGUGAUGGGCGGCAGCAGCCUGGGUCUGGGCGCCAGCGACAAGGAGACCAUGCAGGGGCUGAACGACCGCCUGGCCAGCUACCUGGACAAGGUGCGCUCCCUGGAGCGCUCCAACACCGAGCUGGAGGCCCGCAUCAAGACGCUGAUGCUGGAGAAGUCGCCAAAAGGACACGACGUGGAGGGGAUGCUGGCCCAGGCGCACACCAUCGGCUUGGAGGUGAGGAAGAGGACCCUGGAGAAUGCCCGCAUCAUGCUGGAGAUCGACAAUGCCAAGCUGGCGGCCGACGAUUUUAGGGUCAAAUGGGAGGCAGAGGCCACCCUCUGCCAGUCGGUGGAGAGGGACUGCCUGGCCCUUCGGAGGGCCAAGUCGGACCACGACCAGAUGAUCGCAACGCUGAGAGGAGACCUGGACAGCCUAAAGGAGGAGAUCUACUUCCUGAAGAAGAACCAUGAUGAGGAGGUGGGUGCCCUGAAGGCCCGUCUGUCCACUGAGCAGGUGAGUGUGGAGGUUGAUGCUGUGCACGGGCCUGACCUAGGGGCCCUGAUGGCAGAGCUGAGGGUCCAGUAUGAGGCAAUCGCGCGCAAGAACAAGGAAGAGGCAGAGAACUGGUACCUCAAGAAGCUGGAGGCGGUGCAGUCUGAGGUGAAGCAGAGCAACGAGGCUCUGCGCUGCGCCCAGGGGGAGCUCAGUGAGAGGCGGCGCUUCCUGCAGGCCCUGGAGGGAGAGCUGGAGAGCCUACGCAAACAGGUGAACGUUCUGGAGGGAAACCUUGGGGAGACGGGCCACAAGUAUGCGACGGAGAUGGAGCGCCUGCAGGCCACCCUGAGCCAGCUGGAGGACGAGCUGUCCCAGCUCCGGCUGGACAUGCAGCGCAACAAGACUGAGUAUGAGCAGCUGCUGCGCAUUAAGCAGACCCUGGAGAUGGAGAUCGCCACCUACAGGCGGCUGCUGGAAGGAGAGGAGAUGAUUAAAGAAACGGCUCCACCUCCUAAAAAAGAGCCUGAAGUAAGGACCAGGAAAAUUGUUAAAGUUGUCACUCAGACGAUGAUUAACGGGAAAGUGGUGGAUGAGUCCAGCGAGGUGGAGCAGAUUGAGGAGCGUAAGAAUUGAGGCUUCUAGAGAGAGCCGGGACUGGAAACACCACCUAACCAAGAUAGCCAAGGUCUGCCAUGACCACAGCCGAAGGCCGCCAGGGAACACAGCCAAAGUCCUGUGAUCCAAGAGACCAUAUCGUACCAUAUUAUUGAGACCCGGAUAAACCUCCUUUGAUUCCUGUAAAUGUGUGUGGAAGAAACACAACUAUACGCUUGUAGCCUUUGUGUUUAGUAAAAGUACAAAAUUUUAAAGGUGUUGGAAAAGAUUGAAGAAUUUUGUGUACGACUUCUAAAUUGUUAACAACUAAGACUAGAUUAUUAUUAGAAACUACAUUAUUAAAAAAGAUUAAACUGUUAAAUACAUUUUUUAAUGUGUGCAUUAACAAAUGUAUUUUUGUUUUUCAUCAAAACGAAAUACCCAUCCUCUGUUAGUAUAAUAUACCAUUCUUCAGAAUAAACUUUUUGAAAACAA